ACUGGCAGAAAUUUCUGUCUCAUCAAACAACUGCAUCCUCCCUACCCCCUUCCCUAACUCCAUGACCUGUCCAGACCCAGACCAGGAUUCUUUGCAGCCGGGAUCACCGACCAUGUAGACAACCAUGGGAUCCAGGAUCAAAGAGAACCCAGAAAGGAUAUUUGAAUUGUUUAUCGAGGUCCUGUGUCCAAAAUCAAUAGAUGAUGAUCCUGCAGUGUUGAGGCAAUUCCCAGAAGACAGCAAUGACCAGGAAUCUCUGCAAAGCCUGCCUAAGUUCUGCUUCCCUUUUGAUAUGGAAAGGGAAUGGGAAAGUACCACAGUUCAGCAGUUCACUUUCGUCCUGACAGAUAUAGAUGGAUUUCAGCGGUUUGGUUUUUGUCGGCUGACUGGGAGUUCGAAGACCUGCAUCUGCAUCCUCAGUUUCCUGCCCUGGUUUGAAGUUUUCUACAAACUCUUAAACAAUAUAGCUGACUUCUUGGCAAAAGGACAGUACAGUGAAAUGAAAGAGCUCCUAAGCCUUCUGCACGCUCAGCCACCACCCCAGUCAGACUCUCCACUCAAUCUCGAAUUUGCCCAACAGCUGGGAGUUACGACGGAACGAUUUCUGAAAGACAUGAAGAGGGAUGCUGGUAGUGGUAUGGCACCGCUUUCUUAUUUCAUUGCCCCUGACAGCAACAGCUUGCCUACAAUCCCGGAGAGUAGGAACCUGACAGAAUAUGUGGUUGCUGUUGACGUAAACAACAUGUUGCACCUGUUCGCCAGUAUGCUGCAUGAGAGACGCAUUAUCAUCACUUGCAGCAAGCUGAGCACGUUAACCGCCUGUGUGCACGGUUCAUCUGCAAUGCUCUAUCCCAUGUACUGGCAACAUAUAUACAUCCCGGUGCUCCCGCCACACCUCCUUGACUACUGUUGUGCUCCAAUGCCUUAUCUGAUAGGGAUCCAUAGCAGUCUAAUGGAGAGGGUGAGGAGCAAAGCUCUGGACGAUGUGGUUAUAUUAAACGUCGACACCAACAGCCUGGAUUCACCCUUCAAUGACCUGGAAAAGCUGCCAACGGACGUGAUGUCUGUUCUGAAGAUGAAGUUGAAGAAACAGUCAGCAGUGACUGGCGAUGUGGUGGCUCGAGCCUUUCUGAGGACGCAGGCUGCAAUCUUUGGAAGCUAUCAAGAUGCCCUUAAAUUUAAUGCUGGGGAACCGGUUACAUUUUGCGAGGAGACAUUUUUGGACCACAAACUGAGUUCGAUGAAGAAUUUCCUGCAGCAUGCAGUGCACCUUCAGCUGUUCAAACAGUUUAUAGAUAAUCGACUGGAAAAGCUCAACCAGGGGAAGGUAUUGACGGAUCUGUUCGAGGAGGAGGUUAAUCUGGGUGGUUAUUCUUCAGGCUGCUCCAAGACCUAUCAACUAUGGAAGCAAAACGUAAAGAGAAGUGGUGGAGCCCUGAUUCACACCAUGAAAUCUAAAGCCAAUCCAGCUAUGAAGAACAUGUAUAACUUUGCUAAAGAUCAAGCUAAAUUGGGCUUGAAGGGGAUGAAAAAUCGUCUGAAACACAAGGACUUGGGUGAUGAGCGAGCGUUUCAGCGCGGUGGGUCACUGAGAUAUCAACCGGUUGGGGGACCCAUCCAUCAGAGACGCGUCCAGACAGAGUCCCUGCAGAAUCGACUGCCGAUCACCCAGCACUUUGGUCAGUCUCGCCCCCGCAGACCAACCCGUCGCCAAACAAGCAUUAAUGGACCUCUGCCCACUGGGACAGUCAGGUCCACCAGUGAGGAGGAUGGACUAGACAGCUCCCUGGACACAAUCACUGACGAAUUCCUUGACUGCAGCCUCCUGCAGGAAGAGAAUAUGGACCUGCUUGGGGAGAUCUUUGAUACUCUCAGUACCCGGACAGCUCACGACAAGGGCCAUCUAUAUGGAACGCGAAGCCUCGACUUAUUCAACUUGGACUCCAUGGAGGACAUACGCAGGGUCAAAGGUGCCAACCCCAGCGAAGAGGACAUCAACUUCAAGAGCAGGAGAGAAUCUGAACCCAUGAAGUCCCAGAUGUGGGGUCUUGAUGGUUCCGCUGAGUGUAUGACGUCCCUGUCAGCCUCACUGGAGGAAACAUCUGGCAGGUCCUCAAUGUCUACCAGCCAAGCAGACCUUGGAGAUUCCGGGAGUGUCUCAAGCCAUGAUGAAAACAUAACAUCCCCAGAGCUGCAGCCUCUGAACCUCAAUACUCCAAGCAGCAGUAAUCCAGAGGAUCCUGGGUCACUGGAGGACUCUUUGCCUGUUUCACCAGCUGUCAAAGAGAAUGACAAGUGUACAGGGAUUCACUGGGAUAAGGGAUCACCACUAAUUCAGCCCAGCAGAACAUUGGCUGAAAAUGAAGCCCCCAAGUUGGGCAAGAGCGAGGCAAGGAAUGAUGUGCUAAUUGAGGACUCGGGCUCCCUCAGUUUGCCUUCAGAGAUCAGUGAGAUGAAACCCUCUAAAGAGGAAGUCAGCAACUGUAAAAGUCAAGAAGCAGAGGUGACAGAAGUUAAAAGUCCGGCAACAUGUGAAGAAGGAAAACCUGAGCUGAUACUUCCACCAACAGCUCCUAAAACAUCAAGACUAAGGGGUAGGUCAAUGUCACAGGCUUUUGAAAGCAGGGAAGGAGGCAACCAUGCUAUGAAUGAGAGAAGCCCCAGCAGUCAAAGUGCUGAGUCUACUGUGCAGGCCCAGACUGAGGAGGCCUCCCCAGGCGAUCCCACAGUCCCAGCCGCCAGCGAGGAGGCAGCCAGCCCAAGCGUGCAGUCAGUGCUGUCCUACUUCCAAGCCUGCGCCGGGGAACAAAGGCUCGAGCCCAGCAGAGGGAAGGUCCGCCCAGUAUCUGUCUUAGCUACUGGGGCCUUGAGCAGAUCUGGAAAAAUCGAAUGGCAGGAGGAGCCAGGCAAAUCUGUCGCUGAUGCUGGGAGGCUGCCAGAAACAGUAUCAUCAGAGGAGCAGAAAGAUCAGAAAGCAAAAUCUACGUCACCAGUGGAGAAUGAUCCAGAGGCUCUUUGGCCCUUCAGAACCAUGCAGCCUUCCAGGGGAACAAAGCCACAAAGAUACUCCUGAUGCUGGAAACCUAAAGCAAUACACACAAUAUGCUGCAGGAGCUCAGCAGGUCAAGCAGCAUCUAUUGAUGGGAAUAAACAGCCGACAUUUUGGGCCGAAACCUUUCAUCAGGACGCUGUACUCUUGUAGAUAGCGAGAUAAAUUUGGGGAGCAAGAGGCCACAGGAUACUCUUACCUGUUUUCACAGCCACAAUGUCACUCACACUUAAAGGUCAACAAUUAACGCUCCACCUACAGAUAUUCGCAACAAGUCCCAAAGCUGACUUUUCAGCACAAAAAUAUACCCCAAUCCCACUUUGGAAAGGUCUGGCACUAUUUUUGGAAUUUGGAUUCCCCCAGUAUGCAGAAAUAACAACAGCCAUCUCUUCAGAUAAUCCUUAAUAUCACAAAGUUAUCCUGGAGCAAAGCUGCCAGGAUAAUCAAGGGCACGACCCACCCAGCCAACACACUUUUCGUCCCACUUCCCUCCGGGAGAAGGCUCAGGAGCUUGAAGACUCGUACGGCCAGAUUUGGGAACAGCUUCUUUCCAACUGUGAUAAGACUGCUGAACGGAUCCUGACCCGGAUCUGGGCCGUACCCUCCAAAUAUCCGGACCUACGUCUCGGUUCUUUUUUUGCGCACUACCUUACUUUCCCUUUUCUGUCUUCAAUUUAUGAUUUAUAAUUCAAAUUUUUAAUAUUUACUAUUGAUUUGUAAUCCAGGGAGCGCGAAGCACAGAAUCAAAUAUCGCUGUGAUGACUGUACGCUCUAGUGUCAAUUGUUUGGCGACAAUAAAGUAAGUUAAAAUACCCCAGAUUGUUCUAAAUUCUAUAGAAUAAAACUCAGUCCAAUCUCUCCUUGUAAUGUGACCAUUAAGAGUACAGUCAAUCACCUUGGUAAACUUACCCCUCACUCAAUCACAGCAUCAUUCUUUUCUGGGGUUUAACCUGAAACAUGAAUUCCUCCCCACACCCACUAUACACAGACGCGGUUUAACCUGCUGAAAUCUUCCUGCGGAUUGUUAGUCAUCGUUGCUUGCAGUGCUCCAGGGUAAAAGCACGUAAAUGUCACCAAUUUCCUGUUCCUACAUGCGAGACGGAUCACUUGACACCAAGUGCAAAGGGCCUCAAGCCUCCUCGGCUUGGGGACUUUAGGUGGAUGGUGGGGCGGCCCAUUCCAGCCGCCGCAGUGGCUGCAGAUGCAUCAGAGUUGCAGCACCCUGCCCUUGUUGGAAGAAAGGAAAUUGGGGUUGCCAUAGCCUCUGCACUGGGUCGGUGUUGGUGAUGAGGAUAUUUGCUGACAAAAUACUGAAAGACAGCCACUGAUCCCAAUAAAAUGGCCAAUAGAGAGGAGAAGCAAGCUCUGGGAAGUUUAUUCCGUAAAGGACCACGCGGGUCUCAAAUGUGAGAUCCAGUAGAUUGAGAGACUGUUUCGUCAAGCAUCUUGGCGCCAUCUGCCACAAAAUGGGGGAUUUCCUGGUGACCAAGCAUUUCAAUUCAACAUCCUAUUGCCAAUGUCAGGUUGGACAAGCUACUCCUCGUGUUCCAUCUGGGUAGCCGCCAACCUGAUGGCAGGAACUUUGAUUUCUCGAAUAGCUGGUAAUUUCUUCCCCCUCUUUAUUCUCUGUUUUUUAUCCCCCAUCCAGGCUCCCCUUUUAUCUUUACUCUUCUAUCUACCCUCACCUCCCUCUGGUUCCCUUCUUCCUUUUCUCUCUCCCAUGUUCCAGUGUAUUCUC